AUGAUUGGAUUUCAUUUUUCUUUUCUUCUCGUUUUCACUUUAUUUUUCUUACUGUCGUUUCUCUUUUCUUAUUCAUUCAGUCUAUCUUUCUCUAAUCCAUCAUUUCAUAUCUAUAUAUCUAUCUCGUUUGCUCUACACAUUUACUCUAUCUUUAUUUUUGUUACGUCUUCAUCUCUUUCUCUCUCUCUCUCUCUUUCUCUCUCUCUCUUUCUCUCUCUCUCUUUCUCUCUCUCUCUCUCUCAUCUGAUCUUUGUUUUUAAUUUAAUUUCCGUGUCUUUUUUUUCCUUCUUUCUUUUGUCAUUUCUUAACUUCUUAACUUAUGUACAUUUUAUUUCAUCUUCAUUUCAUGUCUUCUUUACACUUUUUCUCUUCCCCACUUUACGUUUUUUUUAUCUUUCACUAUCUAUUUUUCUCUUUCUUUUAUUCACUUGCUUUUCUUACUAUUUCUUUUUCAGUUUCAUUGAUUGCAUUUCUUUAGUUGCUCAUUGCUUCUUCUUUUAUUUCCCGCACGUUCAUUUUCUUCUUAACCCCGCUCGUUUUCUCACCAUAUCUCUGUUUCGUUUUUACUUCCUUCUUAAAUACAUUUACUCUUUCUCUCUCUCUCUCGCCCUCUCGCCUUUUAUAUCUACCACUUUCUUUUUUUUUUCUUUUCAAACCCUUUUUCCUACUUCCCAAUACAGCCUCUCUCUCUCACCGUCCCUUUCACUCACUUAUCUCCCACUUCCAAAACAUUCCCAUUUAUUGCCCCGACCAACGCCCAUAACCUUACAGCUUGGUCCGCUUUUCAUUAUAUCCUUGUCAGCGACAUGUGCUCCUCUUGGACGGCAUCAUUUUGUUUGCUUUGUUUGCUUACUAUUUUAUUUUCGUUUUUAUUUUAUUCACAGUUUAUCUGCAAGCUUGUACAUGUGUGUAUAUGUAUGUCUCUCUCUCUCUCUCUCGCUCUCUCUCUCUCUCUCUCUCUCUCUCUCUCUACAUACAUAA